UUUAUAGAUAUUAGAAGUGCUGGUGCUAACAUGGGAAUGUCAUUUCAAUUAAUACCUGACAUUUCAAUUCUAAUGUCCUCGCAAACGUCCACAUUUAUAUGCCGAAAGGAAAGCAACCAACGACAUGAUUGUUUUCUGCACUGUUUUGAUUUACCCGAAUGUCUUAGUGUUAUAACCACAAAUGGAAGUUGUUACUGUAAUACGGACCUGACACCAAGCAGCACUUACCUUCAGAAUGAUACACAAAUCUAUGUAAAAAGACCUGUAAAUGAAUGUACGAAACAUGGAUACAUAUACUAUAAAGGUUUAUGCCUGAGAAAAAGUACAACAGAUAUGUCUUGGUUUAAUGCUCUGAAUGACUGUGAACGUUCUGGAGGACAUCUUAUUGUACUUGAUUCUUUAACGAAACACACAUCUGUAGUGGGCAUCUUAAAAACAUAUUACCAUCUUCCACAACUUGAUGGUGCUUACUAUGUUGGCGCUUCAGACAUUUCUGAAGAAGGUAACUGGAAGUGGAUUUCUCUAAAUUCUUCAGAUUUUAUGACUUUUAAGACUAAUCAACCAAAUAAUAUUGACGUUCAAUAUCAUGGCUCAGAAGCUGAUUGUGCUGCUUUAAGAGUCACUAAGGGGGCAUUAGUUGACGAGUAUUGUUUGCAAACAAAGCCAUAUAUAUGUGAAAUAAAUUGAUGAUCUGGAUAUCUUUAUUCAUAUAUAAGGGACGUCUUGUUGUAUUGAAUCGGGAGCCCUUAUCCGUGAAGCAGAAUACAAAAAUACUUCAUUUUAAGGUAAUGUCACUCAAAGGUAAUGAUAAAAGAAACUCGCAGUGGAAAUUUAUUGCAUAAUCCCGAAUGUCUGCGUUUUAAUCUUAAUGACAAUUCCCAAGUGCCGCAUCCG